GUGUGUGUGUGUGUGUGUGCGCAUUUGUGUGUGUUUGGGCGUGUGAGUCUGUGUGUGUGUGUGUCUGUGCGUCAAUCUGUUGGUGCGCCUGCGCGUGCGUGUGUGUGUGCGUGUAAAUGCUUGUUCACGUGCACCCUCUGUGUGAUUGUUUUGCAGAUGCUCACUUGGGUGCGUAAUGUGGACGUAUUUGUUGGAUAGACUUUGUAUAAGACCAGGGAAACAGUUUACAAUGUGUUUGUAUGUGAUGGAAUCUCCCACUUGCUUCAGUUACACACACCCUCCCUCUCUCUCUCUCUCUCUCUCUCUCUCCCUCCCUUCCUUCCUUCCUUCCUUCCUUCUCUCCCUCCCUCUUUCUCUCUCUCUUUUGCUUGUCUUUUACUCUCCCUGCUAAUCAGCAUUUGAAAGGCAGCUUUGACAGAGAAAGAAAGUGAGGGGCUGCGGGAGGAGGGGGUAAACGAAAGCAAGAGACAGUGAGUGAGAGCGAGCGAGAGAGAGAGAGAGGAAAAGGGAGGGAGAGAGAGACCGAAGCAAGAGUUGUACAACCAUGCCUUUUAUAUUUACUAGCGACUGAGGGGGAAGAGAGAGUGAGAGAGGGUGAAGAGAGAGACAACCGGUGUGCGCAGCUUUCCCAAGAGGAAAUUAAAAGAAAGAAGCUCAGCGAAGAGAGUGAGAGAGCGAGAGAGAGAGAGAGAGAGAGAGAGAGGAGGAGUGAGAGCGAGAGGGAGCAUGCCGGCGAGAGAGCGAGGGAGAGAGAAUCUCACGCUGGCUGUCUCCUAAUCCUAGUCCAUCUCUAAGAAGUGGCAGAGGGAGCAGAGUGUUAGUGAAGUGAUCCUGAGCCAGCAUAGCCUCUCUUCUCCACCAGCUAGCACCACUUGCAUACUCACACACACACACACACACACACUUGCAACGGAUUCCGCGGUGGGUCCGCCUGCCUGUGUGUCCAGGUCUUUUGUGAGCGUGAGGGGAUUGCCUCCAGUCGGUCCAGCCUCUCAGCCCAGCCCACCCCCAGUGCGUUUGGGAGCAGGGGACCCCAGCCGGGCCAUUUUGGGGGGCACAGGAGUCUGAAGGAUAGAGGACGAAGAGGAAAAAGUACGUCCACUCAGAGAAGGGGAGUCAACGCUGGAAAUGCCCAUCAGGGGGUCUGAGCCUGUCACAGCCUCGGCCAAUCGCAGCCUCCGUUAGAGGUGGCGGCUGCAUGUGAUUGGAGGAUGGCGACCAUGCCGUUCGUCAGCGAGGGAAAGUGUGUGAGCGUGGAGUGGGACUUCCUACAGGGACUACUAGCCAAACCCCCCACCCUGCCCUGUUUGCAGAACCUGCGGAAGGAGAAGUCUCGUAAUGCCGCUCGCUCCCGUCGCGGCAAGGAGAACUUUGAGUUCUUUGAGCUGGCCAAGAUGCUCCCUCUCCCCGGGGCCAUCACCAGCCAGCUGGACAAGGCCUCGGUCAUCCGUCUCACCAUCAGCUACUUGCACAUGUGCACCUUCGCCAGCCAGGGAGACCCGCCCUGGUGCCCCCUGCUGGAGGGAGAGAACCACUGCAGCAAAGUGCGACGCUCCUCCCACUCUCUGGCUACUGACAUGUUUGAACAGCACCUGGGAGCACACCUGUUACAGUCUCUGGACGGCUUUGUGUUUGUGGUAAGCUCGGAGGGACGAUUCCUCUACAUAUCAGAGACUGUUUCCAUCUACCUGGGCCUCUCACAGGUGGAGUUGAUGGGCAGCAGUGUGUUUGACUACAUCCACCCAGCGGACCAUGUGGAGAUGGCUGAGCGUCUGGGCAUCAGGCCUCACCUGAGGGCCGAGGCUGGCUGCCACGUGGCCCCCGAGAGCGCUUCCAGCUCUGCCUCCACAUCCUCCCUGACCGGGACCCCCGAGCCUGCCCCCACAAGCCCUCUCUCUCCAGGGAAUGAACCGCCUGACCGAGGCUUCUUCAUCCGUAUGAAGUCCACCCUCACCAAGAGAGGCCUCCACGUCAAGUCCUCGGGCUACAAGGUCAGAGUGAUCCAUGUGACCGGGCGAAUCCGCUGUCGCCCUGCCAUGGUGCCAGGCUCCGCCCGCUCGGUGCGUCGGCCAAUGGGCUUGGUGGCCCUUGCGCACACGCUCCCUCCCUCCACGCUGAACGAGGUGCGCAUGGAAAGCCAAAUGUUUGUCUUCCGGGUCAACAUGGACCUGCAGGUCACCUACUGCGAGAACAGGAUCUCAGAGUACAUGGACCUGAGCCCGGCAGAGGUGGUGGGACACACCUGCUACCACUUCAUCCACGUGGAAGACCUGGAUAACAUCAGACAGAGCCAUGAGGACUUGUUGAGGAAGGGUCAGGUGGUGACCGGGUACUACCGUUGGCUCCAGAGGAGAGGGGGUUAUCUGUGGGUCCAGUCCUGUGCCACCGUCUCCAUCAACCACAAAGCCCCCCACGAACGCAACGUCAUCUGGGUCAACUACAUCAUCAGUCGAACAGAGCUCCCAGACACUCCCCUGGAUCUGCUGCAGCUCCCAGAGAGUCUGAGGGCGGAGCGUCUGAAAGGCAGCUCCUCCCCUUCGGAACUCACGCCACAAGCUCGGGGUCCACAGCCAAUGAAAAGCUCUGUGUGUAAAGGUGAGCCUGACUCUAAACUGAGAGAGAUCUAUAAUCCCGGAGUCCAAUCAGGGGACAGGAGGAAGCGUCCGCUGCGGUCUGACUCUGAAGGCGCUCCCCCAGAAACGCGGCGUCGCCUGGAAGAGUUCCGCCAGAGAGAGGGGAGUGUGUCCGCCGCCUCAGACCUGGGCAGCGAGAGCGAGGGAGAGGAGAGAGCGUGGGAGCAGGGGGGAGACAGCGCGAGGGUCAAACGAGAGGAGGGGCCUUCGAAACGAGGUGGGGAGACCCCAGUGAGGGGCGGCGGGGUGCACAGCGGCCGUGCGGUAAUCCAGCACCUGAAGAGUGUAGUGUCCUCACCUCUCUCUGGUCCCCACAACAUCAAGACUGAACAUGAGGCACUGGCUGCAGGGGGUCGCUGGACACACACACACACCUCCUCACACACACAACCCCCACCCUCGCAUACACACACCCCUUGCGGCAGCCUGAACGGCGACAGUCCCCCGACCCCUAUCCCGGACUCCUCCUCCAGCAGUGAAGCCCCACCCAAAGGUAUUUUCACCCCGCCCUCCCCCGCCAUGUCUCCUCCCAUGUCCGGCUCCUCCCCUCUACCCUGUGAGGAGCGGGGAAUGUUGUCUGGAGGCCGGGGGGGCGGGCCUGACUUUGAGCUGUUGCAGAGACUGGCAGCGGGGGGUGCUGCAGGACGGGUGCUGUUCCACCCCCUGACCCUCGGCCCCCAGGGGCCACAGAGCCUGUACGCCCCCAGUACCAUCCGCUAUGCGCCCCCAGAGCUGCCCCCCUCCCACCCUGGUGCUGAGGGGCUGCGCGCCGACCACCACAAGGGCCCCCCAGCCUUCUUCCCCCACCUCCAGAGGCUGGCCGGCCUGCCCUCCUUCAGUGGGUUCUCCGCCUCGGACAAUCCCUUCAACCCCUUCUGUAUGAACGGACUGAGGGGGGCCACAGGGUCCGAGGAGGACUGAAAGAGAGGAGGGGCUAGAGAGAGAGACAUGGGGGUGCAGGACAUUGGGACAUAUGGGGUUGGGAAACUGAAGAAAGGACCAUUUGCACUGCUUCCGUGGGGGAGUCAGAUGUGGACUUUGACACUUGAUUUUACCCCACUAGCUGUCCAAGCUUUGUCCCCCUCUCUGCUCUACCACAUCCUCUCUCCGCUGCUGUUAAAUGACUGUGCAGUGUUCCAUGUCUAAAGCCAUAUUGUACAUAGAGACAGGGCCAUGACAUAGCUUCACUAUUCCUUCCUCAGUAUUAUAACAACUGCUCCUGAGCCUGUCAGACUGACUUCUGUGUGACUGAAAGAGAAAGAAAAAAAAAAAGGGG